AAAAAAAAAGUCUUGUGACCUGUUACGCUAUCCAUCGCUGCUAAAGAUCUGCUUGGUUAGACUGUUGAAUGAUUCUGGCAAAGACUGAUUGGUGAACCAUUAUAAGGGUGGUGAAAUGUAUAUUGGCUUUAUCUAUUAUUUUAAUUAUUAUUAUUUAAGAUACAGCUCUACCUCAUGAACAGUUAAAUAUUCCCCAACUGUGCAAUAAAGAUCUGCAAUACUUUCUAAUAUGUCUUUUUGACUAAAAACAGACAUCUCUGUUUAAUGUUUGUCUUCUUUUUUCAUAUUUAUUUUCAUGUUCUCACUUAUAUACACUGAAAGCUUCUGUAGCCAAAACAAAUUCCUUGUGUGUGAAAGCACACUUAGCAAUAAAAACGAUUCUGAUCAGGGAAAACGAUUUCUCACUAUUUAAGGGCUGACCCGCCCACACAUCUUGACGUACUUUAGGUGGGAUCAAGCAUUAAUUAGGGGAGUAAUUCUCCCGCGAACCCCCCCUGUAAUUCGCACCCAGGUUUAAUGGAAAAGGUUGUGGUCCUGUUGGUCUAUACUUAUAUAUUUUACCUUUUUAUGGUGGCAUAUUAAAGUUAUUACAUCCUAAUUGAUGUCUUCAAACACACUAGGCAAGGCAAAAUUAAUAAACUUUUUUUUUAUGAUAACAUUGUUGGUUUGUAGUUUUAAGGUUAUUAGUAGUGGAGUUCAUUGGAAUCUUCUGUAAUGUUUUUUUGUCGGAAAAUGUCCAGUCUGAAAUUAUGUGAUGAGUGAGAGAUUAUAAUUUAUGUAGAGUAAAAAUAUUGGUGUGUGGUCAUCUUUUAAACACAGAAUAUAAAGAAAUUUUGUGUUUGCUCUUUGUUAUACAGAAUGUUAAGCUUUUAAAUCUUUGUUCUGGAGAUUUACCUUCAUUCUGAACGUCUAGAACUAAGAUUACAAAGCUUAAUCGCAGUGCUUGGCGUUAAAAGUACUGGAACAGGCCAGGAACGUUUUGAACACCAUCCAGAUCUUACAAAAUAUUUACAUUUACCAAAGGUCAGAGUUUAUGUUGGCCUGUCCUCAGUUUGGGUGAAUCUAAUAUAAUGUCUAGGCCAUAUUUUCUACAUUAACUAAUCUAAUCAGGUGUCAGGUGAAUUAAAUACAGUACUAGCCUACAAGCUUUUAUAAACAACCCCCCGUCCAAAAGAAGAAAAAAAAAGAAUUUCUAAAUUAUUUUAAAUUCACGUAUUAUAUUUAAUGCAUGUAUAAUGAUGCAAGCAUUUAAUAUAAUUUAUGAACAAAUGCAUACAUUAUAUUUAAUGCAUGUUUUAAUAAAUGAUAAAUUAAUAAAAAAUAGUGUAUAUGUAUUUAACGAUGGUAUACUGUAAAUUGUAUUAUUUAUACAGUAAAUGCAAUAAUAUGACAUAUAUAGUACUGUAUCCAUUAAUGAUUGAAGACGUUAUAGUAAUAUCUUAUAUUCUAAAUGUGAAUUACGCAUUUAUUUUGAGUGAGUUGAGUAAGUGUAGGUGUAUGACCAAGUGCGUGUCGACCUCUGUCCAUGGUGCUGAUUUCAUAACUCGUGCGCCUCGUUAACUAAAACACACAAUAAAUAACCCACCCGCCCACGUCUGAUUGAAAUUAAUUCUGCAAACCUGUGUUUUACGUCGGUCUCCAAGUGAGAGAGCAUGUAUUAUAAUUGUGACAGUAAUGAGCGGAUAAGCGCGGUCAAGGUGUCUGUCGUCGCCACUGCAGCAUCAUCUGCUCUGCGGCUGCUCAAAGCUGCUGCCGCCGCCGCCGCUGCUGCUAACAGUCCCGCAGACAAAGUCAUGAAGGGAGGGAACUUCUGAGGCUAAGAAGUGGGUCUGCAUCCCCACCAAACCGGCACAUUAGAAACAAUGGCGGAGGCUAAUCCACUCAGGGGACUGCCCCGGAUCCAGAGGGCUGCGAUGUCAUUCCCUGGACAUCUGCACUUGGUUCUAGUGGUGAGACCCAAAACUCACCCGCAGACAACUGGAACAGACCUCGGAUUCAGAUUCAGUCAGGACGACUUUGCUCUCAAGAUGCCGAUGAUAAUGCUGAGCUCUCUGUCGGACCUGCUUCGCUUCAUUGAUGAAAACCAACUGAGCACUGAGUUUGGUGGGAGUCUGGAGCAAUGCCACAGUGACUGGAUUGUCCUACGAACCGCCAUAGAGAGUUUUGCUGUAACCGUGAAGGAAAUCGCUCAGCUCCUGCAGACCUUCGGCACAGAGCUGUCCGAGAUUGAGCUGCCGGAUGACGCCAGCGGCAUUGAGUACUUACUCAGAUCACACACUGAAAAAUACAGACAGAUGAAGGAUGACAUCAGGUCGGUUAUGAGAGAAGGAAGGCAGCUGCUCUCAAAUCUGGAGGCUUCAAAAGCAGUGGAAGGAGCUGCAGCAGAAGACAGAGACAUCAGCCAAGACAAAGAAAGAGUGCAGAGGCUCGUGGCACAGUUACGGGACAUGGAGAUGGCUUUUGAUGGCUUUUUUGAGAAGCACCACCUCAAGCUCCAGCAAUACCUUCAGCUGCUCCAAUACGAGCUCAGCUUCCAUGAGAUGGAGGCCAUUCUGGAGAAGCUCAAUAUCCAGGAGAAAGCUAUCGCAUCUGUGGGGACAACCGUGGCUCAGACGGAGCAGCUGCUCAAAGACCUCGAGAUGCUUGAAAACACAGCCGAGGAUGAAAUGGGCCGUGCUCAGAUUAUUAUUCUGCAUGGGCACCAGCUGGCAGCCAGUCAUCACUACGCUCUUGCCCUGAUAGUUCAGCGCUGCAAUGAACUGAGGCAUCACUGUGACACUCUCACAACAGCUCUGCGUGCCAAACGGGCAUCUCUCACACGCAUUCGAGACCUGCUUUUGCGGUUGGAGGAGACUGUGCGUUGGUGUGAUGAGGGGGCUUAUCUGCUGGCGAACCAGCUGCUGGAUAAGUUUCAGUCCAAAGAGGGGGCGCAGGCAGCCCUGCGGGACAUUGAGACGCUGAUGGAGACGGCACCCUCAGUCCUACGCUCUAACCUGGAUAUCCUCAAUCUGGAGUUUCAGGCAGUACUCACACCACAGCUGCAGUCUCAGAUAGAGUCUGUCACAGAGAAGGUAUCAACAGUGCAGGGAAUGAUCCAGAGCAGACAGGCCUGCUUGAGGAAACUGGCUGAUAUUCAGGUCAGACCCAUCCAGCUAGUCGCUCCGAGGCCUGAGACCUCCCCGCGCUGCAAAUCUCCUCUAUUCUCUCCUAAACACAGUUUUGACGUGAACUCCAGUUUAAGGUUUUCUUUCGAUCUUGCUCUACCUGGUAAAAAGGCCUCACGGAAAGGUCCCAACACUAAGAAGAUAGAGGUGAUGCACGACUAUGAGGAAAACCGCAGCUGUCUGUCCUACGGUCCAGAGGGAGUCGAGAAUCCCGACCAACAUAAACGCCGUGUAAUGAAGGAGCUGAUUGAGACGGAGAGAAUCUAUGUGGAGGAGCUGAUGUCUGUUUUGCUGGGUUACAGAGCAGAAAUGGACAACCCGGCUCUCUCUAAUAUACUGCCAUCUGUACUGCGAAACAAGAAAGAAGAUCUGUUUGGAAAUCUGCCGGAGAUCUAUAAAUUCCACAGCAGGAUAUUCUUGCAGGACCUCGAGAGCUGCUUAGAGACCCCAGAGAGAGUGGGUGCAAGAUUUCUGGAAAGGAAGGAACAUUUUCAGGUUUAUGAGCGCUACUGCCAGAACAAGCCUCGCUCAGAUGCCCUCUGGAGGCAGUGUUCAGAUUCAGCCUUCAUCCAGGAGUGUAAAGGGAAACUGGAUCAUAAAUUGGGACUGGACUCAUAUUUGCUGAAACCCGUUCAACGUUUAACCAAAUACCAGCUUCUUCUAAAGGAACUACUGAAGCACAGCUCAAACUCUCAGUAUGCAUCUGAGCUGCAGGGGGCACUAAAUGCCAUGCUGGAUCUCCUCAAGUCCGUCAAUGACUCCAUGCAUCAGAUUUCCAUUACCGGUUAUGAGGGUGAACUGAGUGAUUUGGGUCGCGUCCUUAUGCAGGGGUCUUUCAACGUCUGGAUCAACCACAAGAAAGGCCCAACACGCAUGAAGGACAUGGCACGCUUUAAACCAAUGCAAAGGCACCUGUUUCUUCAUGAAAGAGCUCUGCUUUUCUGCAAGAAGCGAGAGGAAACGGGAGAAGGACAUGACCGGACAGCUUCUUACAGCUUCAAACACUGCCUGAUGAUGAGUGCGGUCGGUAUCACAGAAAACGUCAAAGGGGAUGUAAAGAAGUUUGAGAUUUGGUACAAUGGAAAAGAGGAGGUGUAUGUUGUUCAGGCACCAACUGUAGAUGUGAAGAUUGCAUGGCUCACAGAGAUAAGAAAAAUCCUUAACAAUCAGCAAAAGACUGUCAAAGGAGAUUCUCAGCCAGACAGAGAGCAGCCUUUAUCUCCACCACUGGCUGACAGUGUGAGGCAUAUUUCCGUGUGCAUGCCCUGGAGUGCCACACAGAUCACUGGCUGCUCAGGUUGUUUUGAUGUCCUUCCUCACAGCAAGCACCAGGGGGCGUCCGUCAGCUCGGAGGAGGCCGAUUCAGGCCGCGUGAGUCCGGUUCUGACAGAUCCAGUCAUCAUUUCUCCGCGUCCCAGAAACCACAACCGUCGCAGCUGGCCGGGGACUUCUCAUUCUGUGGACAUCUGUGAGGGUCUUGAAGACUGGACCACUGAUCUCUCCAACAUCUCAGAUUCGGAUGAAGAAGACGAUGUGCUGCUGGUUCCUGGAAGAUACAGAGCAAUGUUGGACCACCUAAAGUGUGGAAAGGAUGAUGUAAUCAUCAAAUGUGGUGAUGUCAUUCACGUUCUGCAGGAGAGUGUCAUGGGGCUUUGGCAUGUUAAGAAUCUGACUCGAGGAGGUGAAGGAAAACUCCCCGUCGACACACUGCUGAGAAUGCUGGGAGAUGCAGGCAGAAGCCCCUCCAUUCAAUCUGGAGGUGGGAUUGUGCGGGAAAUAUAAACAGCAGGAAGCCCAGCAACACCUCAGUACAUCCACCACAUGUACACAAAGCUUCCACCAUGUGACAGCCCUAAAGGCCAUUACUGUCAUUCAGGACUUGAGCCCAGUCACGCCAACCUGACGCACACAAACACACACCAAGUCAGGAAAACAACCGUCUGCUCCAGAGUAAGUUUCCAUCUGCCAUCAGUGGGGAUUAUGUAUGGAUUUAAAGACAAAAAAUAUCUCUUCUCCAAUGAGCCAAUGACACCAUCUAGUUACUACAACAACAAAAUGUGGAAAUAAAAGGAGCUUUGCAAACUGUACACUGAUCCACUUCAUCCCUGGAAAGUACUUCAUCACCGUACUGUGCCAUUACACACCAUAGGAAACAUGUAUUUGUGUAGUUAGCACAGUGUUUCACUGAAUAGUACUACCAAAAGGCUUACGGGAUGGGGCUUUGAGAAGUAUUUUUUGCCUUUUUGGAUGGAUUUGAUGAUUGGACACUUGUUUAAAAAUCGUCUAUUUUAAUGCUGAAAGGAAUGCCAGAGCUUCAGUGAAUGAAAGAUAAACUCACAUCACUAACUAGUCUAACGUGCCAAAACCUGACAUUCCAUUUGCAGAUCACCUGCUUGGGUUUCACUCUUUGUUUAUUUUAUUCUUCUUAUUUCUUCUUAAAUCACUUCAUCAACAAUAACUUUCCAUAACAGUUCCAUAACACAUCUAUAGUAUAUGAAUGUAUUUUUUGGAAUAUUGCAUAAAAAAGGCUGAAAAUAGAUGCGCAGAACUUCAUAAAAAACAAAACCAGCUGAAAAAUGUUUUAAUACUUAAACUGUGUUGGAAACUACACUCACCGGCCUCUUUAUUAGGUAC